UGCGGCGCUGAGGUGACACACCAUGGUCUCUGGCCCCGGGGACCGUCGUGCGGGCGAGCAGCAGCGCUCCCGAGCUCUCCGCUCCGCCUCUGAUACCUCGGCCUUGCUUGGCGCCGGCUGCAGGCGCUGAGGCGUGCAGAGCUCCGCGAGGUCCGUGACGCGGCGCGGGCGCUCGGGCCGGGCCAGCGGGGUCGCCCGGGGCGUUCGCAGCGCGGGUCCGGGAGAUGCGGCUGCGGGCCGCGCGCGCCCCACGCUCCCUGAAGCUCCACGGAGAAGAGCCGGAGGGACCCGGGCUCGCGGCGCUGCGCGGGUAAUAUGCAUGUGUCACUAGCUGAAGCCCUGGAGGUUCGGGGCGGACCACUGCAGGAGGAAGAAAUAUGGGCUGUACUAAACCAGAGUGCCGAAAGUCUUCAAGAAUUAUUCAGAAAAGUGAGUAUAGCGGAUCCUGCUGCCCUCGGCUUCAUCAUUUCCCCAUGGUCCCUGCUGCUGCUGCCGUCUGGUAGUGUGUCCUUUACAGAUGAAAACAUUUCUAAUCAGGAUCUUCGGGCAUUCACUGCACCAGAAGUUCUUCAGAAUCAAUCACUAACUUCUCUCUCAGAUGUUGAAAAGAUCCAUAUUUAUUCUCUUGGAAUGACAUUAUAUUGGGGAGCUGAUCAUGAAGUACCUCAGAGCCAACCUAUUAAACUUGGAGAUCAUCUCAAUAGCAUACUGCUUGGAAUGUGCGAGGAUAUUAUUUACGCUCGGGUUUCGGUUCGGACUGUCCUGGAUGCUUGCAGUGCCCACAUCAGAAAUAGCAACUGUGCACCUUCGUUUUCCUAUGUGAAGCAAUUGGUAAAACUAGUUCUGGGAAAUCUUUCUGGGACAGAUCAGCUUUCCCGAAACAGUGAACAAAAGCCUGAUCGAAGCCAGGCUAUUCGAGACCGAUUGAGAGGAAAAGGAUUGCCAACAGGAAGAAGCCCUGCUUCUGAUGUAAUAGACUUACACAAGGCUCCAUUCUCUCAUCAAACCUUUCUUAACAAAGGGCUUAGUAAAUCUAUGGGAUUUCUGUCCAUCAGAGACACUCAAGAUGAGGAAGAUUAUUUCAAGGACAUUUCAUCAGAUAAUAACUCUGGACAUGAGGAUUCUGAACAUACCUAUUCCCCAGAUCAGUUCAAAACUAGUGGCCCUCAAAAGAAGGCUGUCCCUGGCAUUGAUGCGCUUCCCAAAAAGAAGAUUUGGGCGUCAUCCAUGGACUUACUAUCUUCACCUGACAGAGACUUCUCUCCUGGAGAGAUCAACAGAUACCAGCGCUGUCACCCUGAUGGUGUCACAGGGCAGACUUCAACUACUCCUAGGAAAAAAGAGGCCAGGUACUCUGAUGGAAGCAUAGCCUUGGAUAUAUUUGGCCCUCAGAGAAUGAAUCCAGCAUGUUACACACGAGAAUUGCCCACUUCCUCAGCAAUAUCCAGUGCUUUGGACAGAAUUCGAGAGAGGCAGAAGAAACUUCAGGUUCUAAGAGAAGCCAUGAAUGUAGAAGAACCAGUACGAAGGUACAAAACUUACCACAGUGAUAUCUUUAGUACACCCAGUGAAAGUCCGUCUAUUAUUUCCUGUGAAUCAGAUUUCAGACAAGUGAGAAGGGCUGAGGCUUCAAAGAGGUUCGAAUCCAGCAGUGGACUCCUAGGACUGGAUGAAACUCCAGGUCAAGGCCAGCCACAGAGACCAAGCAGACAAUAUGAAACACCCCUGGAAAGCAGCACGGUCAGCCAGGAGCUCAUGCUGAAACGGCAGGAAGAAGAGAUGGUGCAGCUGCAAACCACAAUGGCCCUUCGGCAGUCUCGGCUCAGCGCGUACCCUGGAGACACAGUCACAGCUUCUGUGCUGGACAUCCGAGACCCGCUCCGAGAGAUGGCCCUGGAGACAGCCAUGACCCAGAGGAAACUGAGGAAUUUCUUUGGCCCUGAGUUUGUGAAAAUGACAAUGGAACCUUUUGUAUCCUUGGAUUUGCCACGGUCUAUCCUUACCAAGAAAGGGAAGAAUGAGGAUAAUCGGAGAAAAGUGAACAUAAUGCUUUUGAGCGGACAGAGAUUAGAACUGACCUGUGAUACCAAAGCCAUCUGUAAAGAUGUGUUUGAUAUGGUUGUGGCCCACAUUGGCUUAGUGGAGCAUCAUUUGUUUGCUUUAGCGACUCUCAAAGAUAAUGAAUAUUUCUUUGUUGAUCCGGAUUUAAAAUUAACCAAAGUGGCACCAGAUGGAUGGAAAGAAGAACCAAAGAAAAAGAGCAAAGGCGCUGUUAAUUUUACUUUGUUUUUUCGAAUUAAAUUUUUUGUAGAUGAUAUUAACCUAAUACAGCAUACUUUAACCUGUCAUCAGUAUUAUCUUCAGCUGCGGAAAGAUAUUUUGGAGGAGAGGAUGCACUGUGAUGAUGAGACUUCCUUACUUCUAGCAUCUUUGGCACUCCAAGCUGAGUAUGGAGAUUAUCAGCCAGAGGUACAUGGCAUAUCUUACUUCAGAACAGAGCAUUAUUUGCCUGCCAGAGUGAUGGAGAAACUUGAUUUAUCCUAUAUGAAAGAAGAGUUACCCAAAUUGCAUAAUACCUAUGUAGGAGCUUCUGAAAAAGAAACAGAGUUAGAAUUUUUAAAGGUCUGCCAACGACUGACAGAAUAUGGUGUUCAUUUUCACCGGGUGCACCCUGAAAAGAAGUCACAAACAGGAAUAUUGCUUGGAGUCUGUUCUAAAGGUGUCCUGGUGUUCGAAGUUCACAAUGGUGUUCGCACAUUGGUCCUUCGCUUUCCAUGGAGGGAAACCAAGAAGAUUUCUUUUGCUAAAAAGAAAAUCACACUGCAGAAUACAUCAGACGGAAUAAAGCAUGCCUUCCAGACAGAGAACAGCAAGGUCUGCCAAUACCUGCUGCACCUCUGCUCUUCCCAGCAUAAGUUCCAGUUGCAGAUGAGAGCGAGACAGAGCAACCAGGAUGCCCAGGACAUUGAGAGAGCUUCGUUUAGGAGCCUGAACCUCCAAGCAGAGUCCGUUAGAGGAUUUAAUGUGGGACGCGCAAUCAGCACUGGCAGUCUGGCCAGCAGCACCCUCAACAAACUUGCCGUGAGACCUUUGUCAGUUCAAGCUGAGAUUCUGAAGAGGCUCUCCUGCUCAGAGCUGUCGCUUUACCAGCCAUUGCAAAACAGUUCAAAAGAGAAGAGUGACAAGGCCUCCUGGGAGGAGAAGCCUAGCGGGAUGAGUAAAUCAUACCAUGAUCUCAGUCAGGCCUCUCUCUUUCCUCAUCGGAAAAAUGUUAUUGUUAACAUGGAAUCCCCGCCACACACCAUUGCGGAGUUGGUGGGAAAAUCUUUCCACCAGAUGGCAAGAUCUGAUACAGGAUCUUUGGCAGGACCCACAAAACUAAAUAAUUCAAAGUCUGUUGCAAGUUUAAAUAGAAGUCCUGAAAGGAGGAAACACGAAUCAGACUCAUCUAUUGAAGACCCUGGUCAAGCAUAUGGUAUAGGAAUGGCUAUGCAUAAUUCUGGAAAUUCUUCAUCCCAAGUGCCCUUAAAAGAAAAUGAUGUGCUACACAAAAGAUGGAGCAUUGUAUCUUCACCAGAAAGGGAGAUCACCUUGGUGAAUCUGAAAAAAGAUUCAAAAUAUGGCUUAGGAUUUCAAAUUAUUGGUGGAGAGAAGAUGGGAAGACUGGAUCUAGGGGUAUUUAUCAGUUCCAUUACUCCUGGAGGACCAGCUGAUUUGGAUGGAUGCUUAAAGCCAGGAGACCGUUUGAUAUCUGUGAAUAGUGUGAGUUUGGAGGGGGUCAGCCACCAUGCUGCAGUUGAAAUUUUGCAGAAUGCACCUGAAGAUGUGACACUUGUUAUCUCUCAGCCAAAAGAAAAAAUGUCCAAAGUGCCUUCUCCUGUGCAUUUUGCCAAUGGGAUGAAAAACUAUACUAAGAAGCCUUUCUACGCCCGAGACAUCAUGGUGGAUUCUUUGGAGGACCCCGCCUGGCCACGGGCUGCCCUGAGGCACCUCACAGAAGGCUCCUGCAUGCUGCCUGGGGGCCUGCGGGAAGGAAGCCUUAGUUCUCAGGACUCCAGGACAGAGAGUGCCAGCUUGUCCCCAAGCCAGAUCAAUGGUUUCUUUGCUAGCCAUUUAGGUGACAGAGCCUGGCAGGAAUCCCAGCACGGCAGCCCAUCCCCAUCAGUAAUCUCCAAAGCCACAGAGAUAAAAAGGACUUCCUCCAACAGUAACCGAAGCAAAUCUGGAAAGCCAGCCAUUUCUGAUGUAGCAGAUUACUCUGACCAUGGAAAUUCAGACACCGAAGAAGUCACUUACUCCUGCAUCCAAGACCACCAGACACCAAAAAAGGAAUCUUCCUCUUCAGUGAAUACAUCCAACAAAAUGAAUUUUAAAACUUUUUCUUCAUCACCUCCUAAACCUGGAGAUGUCUUUGAGGUUGAACUGGCUAAAAAUGAGAACAGCUUGGGGAUAAGUGUCACGGUACUGUUUGACAAGGGAGGUGUGAAUACCAGUGUCAAACAUGGUGGAAUUUAUGUGAAAGCUGUUAUUCCCAAAGGAGCAGCAGAGUCUGAUGGAAGAAUCCAUAAAGGUGAUCGUGUGCUAGCUGUCAAUGGAGUAAGUCUGGAAGGAGCUACGCAUAAGCAAGCUGUGGAAAUACUGAGAAAUACAGGACAGGUGGUUCAUCUACUGUUAGAAAAAGGGCAGCCCCCAGCAUCCAAGGAACAGGUCCCUGUGGCCCUGCACUGCACCUUGCCAGAUCAGAAUCCACAAGGUCAAGCCCCAGAAAACAUGGUGAAGAAAGCAACUCAUGUCAAAGACUAUAGCUUUGUUACUGAAGAAAAUACAUUUGAGGUAAAACUAUUGAAAAAUAGCUCGGGCUUAGGAUUCAGCUUUUCUCGAGAAGAUAAUCUUAUACCAGAGCAAAUGAGCACCAGCAUAGUAAGGGUUAAAAAGCUCUUUCCUGGACAACCAGCAGCAGAGAGUGGAAAAAUUGAUGUGGGAGAUGUUAUCUUGAAAGUGAAUGGAGCCUCUUUGACAGGACUGUCACAGCAGGAAGUCAUAUCUGCUCUCCGGGGAACAGCUCCAGAAGUGUGCUUGCUUCUCUGUAGACCUCCACCUGGUGUGCUGCCAGAAAUUGAUACUGCUCUUCUGACCCCACUCCAUUCUCCAGCCCAGGUGCUUCCGAGCAGCAGUAGAGACCCUUCUCAGCCAUCAUGGGUGGAGCCGAGCACCAGCUCAGGUGGAAAUGAAAUGUCUGACAAAAACAAGAAGCCAUGCAAGUCUCCCUCCAGGAAAGAUAGCUACAGUGACAGCAGUGGGAAUGGAGAAGAUGACUUGAUAAAAGCUCCAGCAAAGAUAUCAAACAUGACCUGGAGUUCAGCUUUGCACCAGACUCUAAACAACAUGGUAUCCCAAGCACAGAGUCAACAUGCAGCACCCAAGAGUCAAGAAAAUGCAAUGUACACUAUGUUUUACCAUCCUCAGAAAAUACCCAAUAAACCGGAGUUUGAGGACAGUGGUAACCUUUCUUCUCCUCCACCAUUGGAUAUGACUCCUGGCCAGAGCUGUCAACCCCACUUAGAAUCUGAUUCCUCUAAUUCAGUGGGUCAGUAUCACAUACAUCACAGUUCUGAACCAGCUAGCCGAGAAAACUUGACCACUUUGAAAAAUGACCUGGAAAACCACCUUGAAGACUUUGAGCUGGAAGUAGAACUGCCCAUUACUCUAAUUAAAUCAGAAAAAGGAAGCCUGGGUUUUACAGUAACCAAAGGCAACCAGAGCAUUGGUUGUUAUGUUCACGAUGUCAUACAGGAUCCAGCCAAAAGUGACGGAAGGCUAAAGCCUGGAGACCGGCUCAUAAAGGUUAAUGAUGCAGAUGUUACCAGCAUGACUCACACUGACGCCGUGAAUCUUCUCCGGGCAGCACCCAAGACAGUCAGAUUAGUUCUUGGUCGAGUUCUAGAAUUACCCAGGACGCCAGUGUUGCCCCAUUUGCUGCCUGACAUCACAUUAACAUGCAACAAAGAAGAGCUGGGUUUUUGCUUAUCUGGAGGGCAUGACAGUCUUCAUCAAGUGUUAUAUAUUAGUGAUAUCAAUCCAAGGUCAGUUGCCGCUAUCGAGGGCAAUCUCCAGCUUUUAGAUAUCAUACAUUAUGUGAACGGUGUCAGCACACAAGGACUGACCUUGGAAGAAGCUAACAGAGCAUUAGACACAUCGCUUCCCUCGUUGGUGCUGAAAGCAACAAGAGAUGGUUACCCGGUGUUUCCAAGUUCAAAGAAAUCUGCCAUUUCAACUCCAGAGUCAACCAAAGCCAAUGGCCACCACGGCUCAGAGCUCUGUAUCCAGCCCGCCCUUGCUCCCAGGGACGCAUUCUCCAAGGUUAAUGGGGAAGAAAUAAUUGAAGUUUUGUACCCUGAAGGAAAGUGUUCUACUCAAAUGAAGGGAUCAGCAAUUUUGACUGGGCCAGAAGACUCUGAUAUACAAGAUGAUGAGAUUUAUGAUGAUCCUCAAGAAGCUGAAGUUAUCCAAUCCCUGCUAGAUGUUGUGGAUGAGGAAGCACAGAAUCUUUUAAAUGAAAACAAUGCAACAGGAGAUGCCUGUGUUCCAGGUACACUGAAAACAAAUGGGAGGUUAUCAGAAGAGAGAGCAGAAGACACAGACUGUGAUGGCUCACCUUUACCUGAGGACUUUGCUGAGUCCACUGAAAUGAAUGGCUGUGAAGAAUACUGUGAAGAAAAACUAAACAGUGAAAGCACACUGCAAAAGUCACAAGAGGGGAAGAUGGAGGAGGAUGAAGUCACCUGGGGAAGUGGUAACUUGCCAGUAGGGACUGAAGACCAUGAAGAGUCCAAGAAAGGUCAUCUUUUCCUGACCAGUGAGGAGCUGGCCACGCUUCCUGUCGUCAGAGUGCUGCCCUCAGGGAGAUAUAGUGGUGCCAGGCUGAAAUCUGUCAUUCAGAUGCUGCGGGGCUUACUGGAACAAGGAAUCCCUUCUAAGGAGUUGGAGAAUCUUCAAGAAUUAAAACCAUUGGAUCAGUGCCUAAUUGGACAGACUAAGGAAAACAGAAGGAAGAACAGAUAUAAAAACAUUCUUCCCUAUGACGCUACCAGGGUGCCUCUCGGAGAUGAUGGGGGCUACAUCAACGCCAGCUUCAUCAAGAUUCCCGUGGGCAAGGAGGAGUUUGUUUACAUUGCUUGCCAGGGGCCUCUCCCCACUACCGUUGGAGAUUUCUGGCAGAUGAUUUGGGAGCAAAAAUCCACGGUGAUAGCCAUGAUGACACAGGAAGUAGAAGGAGAAAAGAUCAAAUGCCAGCGCUACUGGCCUAACCUCCUAGGCAAAACAACGAUGGCCAAUGACCGGCUACGCCUGGCUCUAGAGCGGACGCAGCAGCUGAAGGGUUUUGUGGUUCGGGCGAUGACCAUGGAAGACAUUCAGACAGGAGAAGUGCGGCGGAUCUUCCAUCUGAAUUUCACUGCCUGGCCUGACCAUGACACGCCCUCCCAGCCCGACGCCCUGCUCACCUUCAUCUCCUACCUGAGGCAUGUCCACAGGGCGGGCCCCAUCACCACCCACUGCAGCGCUGGCAUCGGGCGCUCGGGGACCCUGAUAUGCAUCGACGUGGUCCUCGGACUGAUCAGUCAGGAUCUAGAAUUCGACAUCUCAGACCUGGUGCGCUGCAUGCGGCUGCAGAGGCACGGGAUGGUGCAGACCAAGGACCAGUACAUCUUCUGCUAUCAGGUCAUCCUGUAUGUCCUCACGCAGCUUCAGGCUGAAGAAGAGCAAGGAGAGCAGCCCCAGCUUCCGGCGUGACGAGCGCGCAGCAGCCUUCCGGCCCCAUGUCUCCUCCGCCUUGAGACCCCUGCUCUCCAGGCACAGAGCAGCCACACUGCGCAACGUCAGCCUGCGCACUGCUGACCACACAGGGCCGUCUCUGUACCACGACUGCAAAUGUCAUCUCCACAGCUGCAUCCACCUCUGAUAGUUCUUAAAUUGUUUAAAUGAUCAGUGGCAGGUAUUAGGGCUAAAGGUACCAUUUGCUUAUAGAGGACAUUGUUACAAGGACAUGCUGAGUCUACUUCUAAUGUACCAAUCUUGUUUAUAGCAAAUUUUUUCCAGUAUUUUAAUAGAGUUAUUUUAUAGGGGAUACUUGAAACCAGUAUUUAAGCUUUAAAUGACAGUAAUAUUGGCAGAAAAAGUAGCAGAUGUUUACUGUAUCCAUUUCUAAUGUUUACUACAUAGAUUAUCCUGUAAUAUAUUUAUAUACUUUUUCAUGAACCUAGAGUUAUCGGCAUCAUCUGCAUUGACGGAGUUAACUGCAUCGCAUGUUUGUAAUGCGGCUUCUCACUUUGUAAAUAAAAAUGUGCAGA